UCCGUUUUGGCAGUGUUUCUGCCGACGUGGGAAACAGGACCCGAUAACAAACACACACACACGCAUUUUCAAGCUAUGUGAGCGCACAAAUACGCACAACUACACACAAACACACUAAGUGACAUGCGAAAUACAUGCGCGCGCCGAUAUGUGGCUCAAACCGGAAGAGGUGCUUCUGAAAAACGCGCUGAAAUUAUGGGUGACGGAAAAGUCCAACGAUUAUUUCAUCCUGCAGCGGAGGAGAGGACACGGAGACAGCAGCGCGGGACUGACAGGUCUCCUGGUUGGGACGUUGGACACGGUGUUCGACUCCACAGCAAAAGUGGCUCCAUAUCGCAUUUUACACCAAACACCUGAUUCACAGGUGUACUGGAACAUCGCCUGUGGUGCAUCUCUGGAUGAGAUCUCUCAGCACUGGGAUUGGCUGCAGCUCAACAUCAUGAGAACUCUCUCUGUGUUUGACUCCAGUGAUGACAUCACCAGCUUUGUUCAGGGCAAGAUUAGAGGGUUAAUCGUGGAGGAGGAUAAGGUGAGUGCGGAGGACCCUGAGCGUUUCCGUGAAGCUGCGCUACGAUUCGAGCGCUUGUUUAAUUUGCCUAAGCAGGAGAAACUAGUGACCUACUUCUCCUGCAGCUACUGGAAGGGCCGCGUCCCAAAUCAGGGCUGGAUCUACCUCAGCACUAACUUCCUGUGUUUCUACUCCUACUUACUGGGCAAUGAGGUGAAACUGGUGUUCUCCUGGUGUGAGGUGAGCAGGUUGGAGCGGACCUCGAGUGUGUUGUUAACAGAGUGUAUCCGUGUGUGUGUGAAAGAAGAGGAUCACUUCUUCUCCAUGUUCCUGCGGCUGCAGCAUACGUACGAGCUCAUGCAGCAACUUGCCGACUACGCCAUCGCACGCAUGUUCGACAAGGAGACGUACAAUGCACAACACCCGCUGAGAGACCCGCUACACAUCACUCAAAGAUCUCUGGAGGCGCACAUGAGGAAUCAGGCUUUCCGCUCGUUCUUUCGUCUUCCACGCAGUGAAAAUCUGUGUGAAGUGCACGAGUGUUUCCUUUGGCUGCCGUUCAGCCACACACACACACUCGGGAAGAUCUGUGUGUCUGAGAGAUACGCAUGCUUCUCCAGCCAGGAUGGAAACCAGUGUACUGUCAUCAUCCCACUGUAUGAGGUGGUGAGUGUGGAGCUCCCGGACCGCAGCAGUCGUGCACUGAGUGUGUGUGUACGCGGUAAACGAGCUUUCCGUUUCUCCGAGGUUCGUGAUUUGGACCAUUUGGCUUCCACCAUUCGCAAGUGUGUGACAUCAUCGAGUCCUCGGCAUUCCCACAGUGCUCAGCUCCCUCUGUGUGAUGAGGAGGAGGAGAUGAUGGUGGGUCAGGUUCCGGUUCCGGUUCCGGUUCCAGCCGUCAGCACUGAGGCUCUGAUGAAUGUUUUCCAUCCACAUGAUGCUGAAAAUCUCGACCCGAAAAUGCUGAAGGAGCGAAUGAAGGAGCAGUCGUGGCAGAUCCAUUUUGCAGAGUAUGGCCGAGGAAGUGCCAUGUUCCGCACCAGGAAAACCCGAGAGCUCGUCGCCCGCGGACUUCCAGAAACCCUGCGCGGAGAACUGUGGAUGCUCUUCUCAGGUGCAGUGAAUGAAAUGGCCACACACCCCGGGUAUUAUGCGUCUCUGGUGGAUGAAAGUGUGUGUGUUAGCAGUUCGAUAGCGUGUGAUGAGAUUGAGCGUGACCUGCACCGCUCGCUUCCUGAACACCCGGCUUUCCAGAGCGACCGGGGCAUUUCCGCGCUGCGCAGAGUGCUAACGGCGUACGCUAACCACAACCCUGCUAUCGGCUACUGUCAGGCGAUGAAUAUCCUGGCGUCGGUGUUGUUGCUGUAUGCGAGUGAGGAGGAGGCGUUCUGGCUGCUGGUGUCUGUGUGUGAGAGGAUGCUGCCGGAUUACUUCAACCGCAGGAUUAUUGGUGCCCUGGUGGACCAGGCAGUGUUUGAGGAGAUGAUGCGUGAUCAUCUGUCCCAGCUGACAGAUCACAUGACUGAGCUGUCGUUCCUCUCGUCACUGUCGCUGUCAUGGUUCCUGACGCUCUUUGUCAGUGUGUUACCGAUCGAGAGCUCCGUCAGCGUGCUCGACUGUUUCUUCUACGAUGGAAUCCGAUUCGUCCUCCAGCUCGCUCUCACUGUCAUACACCACAACAUGUCCCUCCUCCUCCGCUGCCAUGACGACGCCGAGGCUGUCACUGCCCUCAACAGGUUUUUUGACAGUGUGGUGAAUAAGGACAGUCCGCUUCCAGCCGCUGUACAGCAGGCCACUGCAGCGACCAAUCACAGCGCAGAUCAGGAUACUGUCGACAUCAGUGACCUCAUCAGGGAGGCCUACGAGAGGUUCGGUGAUAUUCGGUGGGAGGAUGUGGAGAACAUGCGCAAACGCAACAAACUGUACGUUAUUCACACACUCGAAGAGACGACAAAACAAAAUGUUUUGCGAGUUGUUGCUCAGGAUGUGAAGUUUAACAUCUCUCAGCUGGAGGAGCUGUACUUACUGUUUAAGAGGCAGCACUUCCUCAGCUGUUAUUGGUCAGUGUGCAGUCCGGCUCUGCAGAAUCACGACCCGAGUCUGCCGUACCUCGAUCAGUACCAACUGGACCUGGACCAGUUCAGCUCGCUCUUCACCUUGCUGUUACCAUGGAAACAUGCUCACAAGCACACACUGGUGUGCGCAGCGUUCCGGCUCGCAGACGAAAAUGGAGACGGACUCAUCAACUUCAAAGAAUUCAUAUGCUUGCUGGACAUCCUCUACAAUGGCUCGUUUACGGAAAAGCUGAAGUUUCUCUUUAAGCUUCAUCUCCAUCCAGCAGAUGCUCCUGUCUGUAAGGCUUUAAGGUCUCAUGCCUCUCCUGUCCCUGCUGAAGGUCUCUCUCUCUCUACUCAUCUUUCUGAGCAUGCUGAUGAUGGAGUGAUAAGGAAAAGUCCAGAAAGAGCUCGUGGGAAGGUGGAUCUGCAGGAAUACCUGAAACAGUGGCAGGACGAGUUACAGAAGAAAGAGGAGAACAUCAAAGACCUGCCUCGAAUUAAACAGGCCGAGUUUGUCCUCCUGUCUAAGACUCUGUACAACAUUUUCCAUGGCGAUGAGGAGGAGGAGCUUCUGUAUCGUGCUGUCGCCCGGGUAACCAGCUUGUUGCUGCGAAUGGAGGAGGCAGGGCGAAAACUUCAGAACAGCCCAUCAAGACCCUCUCCACAGGCCACGCCCCCGGCAUCACAGGCCACGCCCCCAACAACACAACAAGUAGGCAACACUUCCCCUCAAACCCCCGGGUCUCUGUCCACUGAUCCUUCCCCUUCUCCUGAUACAGGCUCCGCCUCCUCAGCUACAAGUAGCCCUACAGGGACAGGCAGCUCAGCCAAGACCACACCCCCAGACACUCCCUCUCCUCCAGAUGGGGGCAGUGACUGGAGUUUCUCGUUCGAGCAGAUUCUCGCGUCGUUACUGAACGAACCGUGUGUUGUCACGUUCUUUGAGAGGACCACAGACACACACACACUCAUCACAUACGCACACACACACCAGCUCACUUGCACGCACUGAGUACACACACACACAUAAGUGAUGAGGAAAGUGAAAUGUCUACCUGUAUAAAUCAAUUAGUAACAAAUUUGAACGCAUAAACAUUCACAUUAAUGAAUAUGCAAAUUAAGUACUGUAAUUUGAGAGCAUAGUUAACGGGAAUUUAAUUUGUAUAUUGUUUCCGUGUCUUCGGUGUGUUCGUGUGCGAGUAUGAGUGAAGGAGAAGGCAGGUGAUGUUUGACGUUUUGUCUUGUAAUGUGUGCUGUGCUUUUGUCUGUUUUGAAUAUGUAAAUGGACCUGUGUGUUAUACAGUGUUAUUGUGCUGCAGUAUAUAUAUAUAUAUAUAUAUAUAUAUAUAUAUAUAUAUAUAUAUAUAUAUAUAUAUAUAUAUAAAUGAUGAUUAAUGAAUAUUAGUAAGCAAGAAAUCUCCAAAGUUCUUCAACACAUUUAUCUCACAUGGCUGUUUAGCAUUAUCAUCAGAUAAUCAGUAAUUAUUGAUGAUCAUUCACUUAUCACAGAUAUCAAUUAAUACCAAAAAUUACUAACAGAUGACUGAUCAGAAGUGAGAGUAUUUAUAUAGUCUCAGGUUUUAUAUAUAUUACCCAAUAAUUAGGAGCAUUUAUGGUAUCACUGUUAUUCCAGACCAGGAGUGUGCGUGAGUGUGUGUGUGUGAGUGUGUGUGUGUGAGUGUGUGUGUGUGAGUGUGUGUGUGAGUGUGUGUGUGAGUGUGUGUGUGAGUGUGUGUGUGAGUGUGUGUGUGUGUGUGUACGCAUGCGUGCUUGUGUGGGUAUGAGAGAAAGAGAGACUGAACUUUUGUGAACACACACACACACACACACACACACAUUAGUUAUCCUGCCAUAACAGUGAGUGAGUGUCAUGCUGUUGAAAGGAUAUGUAUAGAGAUUAUGUAAAUUAACAUAUUGCCAAUCACAAUUCAGAGAUCUGAAUAUUAAGAUAUUAUUCUAUUAUUGUGUUUGUGUUUAAAAAGGUCAUAAUGUGGCACUGAUGACAUAAUCAGCAUUAUAUUGUUCAUUGAUUUGUUUUUAUUUCAGGGUUUUUAAGGUCUUAUGCAGAAUGUCUGUGGCAGCUUUGUUUAGUUCUAAAGUUGCGUUUUAUCCACUCACACACACACACACACACACACACACACACACACAUAUAUACAUAUAUCAGGAUGGUUAUAACAUGUUUAGUGUAAUGUGUGUGUGAGUGUCUUGUGGCUGUUUGUGACUCUCACUUAAGCCACUUUAGUGGGUGUGAUUUAUGUAAUUGUGAAAUAAAGGAGGAAAAUAAAAUCAUGAAUAAAGAGAAGUUUAAUAAAUGUA